AUGAUUUAUCUAUGUACAACACCACUCUGGGAUAAGAAUGUAACUAGUUCUCCAUAUCCAUAUUUAACUAAAUGUUUUCGUAAUACAAUUCUACAAUGGGUACCUAUAAGUAUUUUCUGGUUGAUUUUACCCGUAUGGCUGUAUGUACUAUCGAAACGACAAUUCAAAUCAGAACCGCUUGUAGUUUCUAUUUUAUUUAUUACGAAAAUGAUUCUUACCGGUCUAUUUUUACUUGGUCAAAUUAUUCGCAUUAUUCAUUAUGCUAUAUUAUUAACAAGUGAAAAAUCUUAUGCUUAUUUACUUACUCCAAUCUUGUAUAUAAUCACUGGAGUUACGAUACUUUGGCUUAUGAAUUAUGAUCGACUCAAGGGUGUUUUUUCUUCUGGUGUACUCUUCAUAUUUUGGUUAUUAGUUUCUGUAGUUAGUAUACCUGACGUUAUUGAUUAUUCUAUAUUUAUAUAUCAUCAAGAAAUUAUAUCGAUUGCAUUCUGGACUGAGCUUAUUAAUGUUUGGUUUAUUUUUUUCGUUGUACUUAGUCUAUUUAUUACAAAUUGUUUUGCAGAAAAAUAUAUUAAUUUAGAAACAACACUUAAUGAAAGAGCUGUUGUUCCUGAACUUUAUGCAAGUUUUCCAUCGAGAAUCUUAUAUGGAUGGGUAACACCACUAAUUGUUCAAGGUUAUAAAAAGCCACUAACAGAAAAAGAUUGUUGGGAAUUAGCAUCAUCCGAAAAAACAAUUACCAUUAUUCAACAAGUACAGAAUUAUAUAAAAAGUCGAACAAAAAAUAUUUCAUAUAAAAAGACAGAUGUAAAUCAAUCAGAAGAAGAACAUCAGAAUUUGCUUAAUGGUGUGCCAGUAGUUGAUGUGAAAAACCCAUCGAUCAAACGUCAAAAAAAAGUUAUAUAUUCGCAUGCACUCUUUCAUGCAUAUCGUGAUAGAUUAAUUGUUGGUGGUCUUCUUAAACUUUUCAGUGAUAUUACAGCAUUUAGUGCUCCUAUGAUUUUAAAACUUCUCUUAAAUUUUUUUGCCGAUCCAACUAAACCGAAAUGGUUAGGUAUUUUCUAUGCAAUGUUACUUAAUGUAGCUGUUUUUAUUCAAAUAAUUCUUACACGAACUUAUUUUCAAACUCAAUUUAUGGUUGGACUUCGAUUUCGUUCAGCAAUUACUGGACUUGUAUAUCGUAAGAGUUUGAAAUUAUCAAAUUCAUCCAAACAAGAAGCUACUACUGGUGAAAUUGUGAAUUUAAUGGCAAUUGAUGCUUCAAGAUUUGCUGAAGUUACUCAUCAUAUUCAUACAUUAUGGUCUGGUCCAUUUCAAUUAAUUAUCGCAUUUGUUUUACUCUAUCGACAAAUGCAAUGGGCAAUAAUUCCUGGCAUUGUGCUAUUAUUUAUCAUGAUUCCAACUAAUUUAUAUUUGCAAAGAAUUCAGAAAAAACUAACUUCUAAACAAAUGAAAGUGAAAGAUGAACGAAUUAAAACAAUGAACGAAAUAUUAAAUGGAAUUAGAGUUUUAAAGUUGUACGCAUGGGAAAUGGCGUUUAUACGUUCGAUCACUCAUAUUAGAGAUAAAGAACUUCAGUAUAUACGACGCAAAGCAAUUGUUAGUGCCAUAUCAAAUAUUCUCUGGACAUUUACACCAAUUUUGGUGGGUAUUACAACUUUUGCUACUUAUGUUCUUUCGUCAGAAACAAAUGUAUUAACAGCUGAUAAAGCAUUCGUAUCAUUAGCAUUAUUUAAUCUACUUCGUGGACCAUUGGUUGUUUUUCCAAAUGUAAUUAGUAGUGUUGUUGAAGCACGUGUUUCAAAUAAACGAAUUCAAAAGUUUUUAAACAAUGAGGAACUUGAUGAAAAUGCUGUUGAUAGGGUACCUAUUAGUUCCGAUGGUAAAUCAAUUAAAAUCGAAAAUGGUUCAUUUCGUUGGUCAGAUAAUGUACAAGAUCCAUUGAUUUUAAACAAUAUAAAUCUUAAAAUUGAUCAAGGUUCACUUGUAGCACUUGUUGGUAUGGUUGGUUCUGGUAAAAGUAGUAUUUUAGCAGCAUUAUUAGGUGAAAUGAAUAAAGUUAGUGGCCGUGUAAAUGUCAGUGGAAGUAUUGCUUAUGUUCCUCAAACAGCGUGGAUUAUGAAUACAACAUUGCAAGAAAAUAUUGUAUUUGGAAGAGAAUUUGAUAAGAAAUUGUAUAAUGAAAUUAUUGAAGCAUGCGCUUUAAAACAAGAUCUUGAUAUGCUUCCUGCAAAAGAUGAAACUGAAAUUGGUGAAAAAGGUAUUAAUUUAUCAGGUGGACAACGACAACGUGUAUCAUUAGCUCGAGCAUUAUAUAGUAAUGCUGAUAUCUAUCUAUUCGAUGAUCCAUUAUCAGCUGUUGAUGCACAUGUUGGUGCUCAUAUUUUCAAACAUGUUAUUGGACCAAAAGGAAUAUUGAGAGAUAAAACACGUGUUUUUGUAACUCAUGGUGUAUCACAUUUAUAUAAAUGUAAUGAAAUCUUUGUUAUUUCUCAAGGUGAAAUCAUUGAUCAUGGAUCAUACGAUGAUUUAAUGCAUCGAGAUAAUAUAUUACAAGAGUUUUUACAUUCAGUUGAUACCUCUGAUUCAAGUCGAUAUAUACGUUCUAGAAGUGAUGCUAGUUCGAUCAGUGUUCCAAUGACUCCAUUAGAAUUGAUUGAUAAUCCACUUGAAAUCAAUGAAAAUGAUGGUGCACCAGAAUUAUUACAACCAAUUUCUAUUGAAAUUGAAGACGACAAGAAAAAGAUUAUUCAAAAAGAAACUAUUCAAACAGGUUCUGUUAAAUUUAAUAUUUUUUCAAUUUAUAUUCGUGCUAGUAAAUUAUUAUUGAUUAUAUUCAUCUUUGUUUUCUUCUGUCUGACUGUAUGUGCUUCUCUAAGUUCAAAUAUUUGGUUAUCUAAAUGGACAGAUCAAGUAAAACAAAAAAACACCACAAUAAAUAAUAAUAAUAAUAAUACAUCAACAUCAUUCAAUAAUCAAAUUCAUAAUAUGAUUAUUUAUUCGACAUUGGGUAUAACCCAAGGUUUUCUUGCAUUUGCUAUACAAUUAAUUCAAAAAUUUUCUGCAUAUAUUGCUAGUCGGAAAUUACAUUGGACUAUUCUAAUCGGAGUAUUACAUGCACCUAUGUCUUUUUUUGAUACAACACCUAUUGGUCGUAUUAUUAAUCGUUUUGCAAAAGAUAUCGAUGCUGUAGAUGCUGUACUACCUGGCGCUUUCUCUCAAGCAUUAACUACACUUAUAAUAGUUGUUACUACAUUUAUUAUACUUAUCUAUGGUUCAUGGUUUGCGAUUAUUGAACUUAUACCGCUGGCGAUUCUUUUCGCUUUCGUUCAACGUAUGUAUGUAUCAACUUCUCGACAACUUCGUCGUCUUGAUUCAGUUACACGUAGUUCAAUCUAUGCAAAUUUUGGUGAAACAAUCCAAGGUCUUAGUUCAAUUCGUGCUUAUCAUGUACAACAACGUUUUAUUGAUCGAUCAGAUAAAUUCAUGGAUAGAAAUCAAUCAUGUCAUUUUGCUAGUUCAGUUUCGAAUAGAUGGCUUGGUAUUCGUCUUGAAAUGAUUGGUAAUCUAUUGACAUUAUUAACAGCAAUUACUGCUGUAUUUAUGCGUGCUCAUUUAACAGCAGGUACUGUCGGUCUAAUGAUUACAUAUGCUAUUCAAAUUACACAUGCUCUUAAUCUACUUGUUCGUACAUCAAGUGAAAUUGAAGCAAAUAUUACUAGUGUAGAACGUAUCAAUGAAUAUGCAGAACUCACUCCUGAAGCUCCAUGGGAAAUUCCAGAUAGAAAACCGCCAUCUUAUUGGCCCGCUAAUGGAAAUAUUCAAAUCAUGGAUUUAUCAACACGAUAUAGAAAUAAUUUACAAUUAGUACUUAAAAAUUUGACUAUUGAUAUUCAAUCAGGAGAAAAAAUUGGAAUCAUUGGUCGAACAGGUAGUGGAAAGAGUAGUUUAUGUUUGACUUUAUUUCGUAUUAUUGAACCGACUAAUGGUACAAUUAUGAUUGAUAAUGUUGAUAUUCGUCUUAUUGGUGUUCAUGAUUUACGAUCAAAAUUGACGAUUAUUCCUCAAGAUGCAGUUAUUUUUGCUGGUACUGUACGAUUUAAUGUUGAUCCAUUUGGAAAUUAUAGUGAUACAGAGAUCUGGCAUGCAUUAGAAUUAACACAUAUGAAACAACGUAUAGCUAAAAUGGAUGAUGGUUUAUUACAUUUACUAGCGGAAGGAGGUCAAAAUAUGAGUGCUGGCGAGAGACAAUUAUUAUGUUUAGCACGUGCACUUUUACGAAAAAGUAAAAUAUUUAUACUUGAUGAAGCAACUGCUGCGAUCGAUAUGGAAACGGAUCGAUUGAUUCAACUAACAAUUCGAUCUGCAUUUAAAGACGCAACUGUAUUAACUAUUGCUCAUCGAUUACAUACAAUUUUAGAUAGUAAUAGAAUUCUUGUUUUAUCCAAUGGUUGUGUAGAAGAAUUUGAUGAACCAAUGCGUCUAGCUGCAAAUCCAAACUCUGCAUUUGCUAAACUAUUAGAAAAUGCUAACAUUCGUCCAUCGGAUAUUCCACCAUACAAUUCAGCCUGA